AUGCCUGCCGGGAUCUUCAAUUCCACAUACUACGGCAAAGACUACCGCGCCGGGGCUGCCCUUUUGCGCGCUCGCCGGCCAUACCUCUUCAAGAAUGCGGCUACGGGACUAGGUCUUUGCAUCUUCACAAUUGGCGUCUAUGCGUACACAAUUCGUGCCGUUGGCCAGGAUGAGUUCUCCGAUGUCCAGGUCCCCGAAACCCCCGCUUCCGGUGCCGCCGCGACUCAGACGAAGCAGCAAUGA